CUCUUCGAGACAGAAACACCAUGUAAAUAAAUAGCUGGAAGGGGAAUAAGUUAAGAAAGAACUGGAAUUGACCCUGUGGAUAGAAGGCAAACAGACCCAAUCGCAAGUGUCACCAUGAUAGAUCGAUAUGGGUAUACGGCUCCUGCAAGAGUUAAGGUAUUGGUUGUACCAGUGAACGGAUGUUCAAAAGUUGAUUUUGAAAGAUACUUUGAUCUUAUACGAUCUACAGAUGAGAUCAGAUUGCUUGAUAUACCACCAAUUCCCGAAUCGCAGUAUUUCAAUCCUCAGUCUUACCCUCACGGUAAGAUAAUGUAUGAAUAUAGCUCAUCAUAUCCAGAAGAUGAAUCGAUUUUUUUACAUGAUUUCGAACCUUUUAGGAAAACUUUCAUUGUCAUUAGUGUUGGGAAGUACCUGAAAGAGUUUGAUUCUCAGCAGUCUUUGAAUUCUUUGAAAAAACUGCAUCAGAGUUCAAUUGUCCAUAACUCGAUUAUAUUCGAUACUCCUUCAGACUUGAUUAAGGACUUGAAUCCUCCAAGUAAUCAUGAUUUCAAGCUGGUAUUCUACCACGAUGGAUCAACCGAUCAUAAUAUAACAGCAAUAGAAACCUUAGUUUGUGAAGUUUCAAGAAAUUUUUUAUUAGCAUUGGAUAAUUACGCUUCAUCUUAUCUCAAUAUAACUUUAAGAUCACCAGUUUCAAUAACUGAUAGUCAUAUAUUGACGCGUGCAAUUACUCAGGCUCAGAAAAGACUUACAUCGGGAUCUUCAUCUUUUAAACUCUCAUUUAAUUCUUCCAAUACUUCACCAAUUGCUUCCAAUGAUAUAAAAUCAAAACAUAACGGUAGACAAGCUAAACUAUUAGGAAGUUUCUUUCUUUUAGCAGGUAAAACCUCGGAUGCCUUACACUACUUCAUAGAUGCAAUCAUAAAUUUGAAAAAAUCUGAUGACUUCUUAUGGUUAGGUAGUGCAAUAGAAGGUCUUGGAAUCGCUUCGGUUAUGCUUCAUUUCUUGAAUAUUCCUUUCCAAUUGAAUAAUCCUGCUCUACUGUCUGCUCUACAAUUUCCAAAGAGUAAAUUACAGUCGAUCAAUUCCGAAACCUCACCUAAAAGACUCUCAAGUGAAUCUAAAUCAAAUAGAAAUUCAAAUCCAACCCUUAUGUCUCCUAGAAAUUCUACUGGUAGUAGUGUCAGCUUUAAUCUUUCUCAAUUAUCUAAUAUAUCAAACGGAGACCUUAAUAGUUUGCCAUUACCAGAAUUGAUCAAAAGAUUAAAUUCAAAAGUUUUACACCUAUAUCAUAUGAGUACUAAUGAUUACGAAAAUACGGUCCCCGAUAUUGUUUACAUAGAAUGCUUACUAAGAUCAAUUAAGUUUAUGGUUUAUGUUCAUCUUAGUGGACCAGAGAUCGACUCACUGGUAUUGGAAAGAAUUGUUAAAUCUAAAACUUGUGGUAACAAAUCAGAUAAUACUUGGUUUACCAAAUCAGAUAUCCUUGCUCAAAUUGAUAAGGUAUUCUCUUUGCAAUUAGUGGAUAUGGAUUUCUUUGAACAGUGCAGAAUAUACUGUGCUUUGGCUUCAAUGUAUACUGAUCUUGGUUUGAAAAGGAAAAGAGCUUUCAUAUUAAGAAUUUUAAUUAUUGCAUUACUACCCAAAUUCGAAACUCGCUUAAAUGAAUCAGUCUUAUCUGAUUAUACCUCUAUUGGAUCUAUAAGGGAUAUUUUCGAUGAAUUAUUUAUAGCGUAUGGUAUAAAUGUUGAUCCUGAAAGUACUGCAACGGCUGCUUCUCAACAUCCAAAUGACUGGGUCUCCUUACAAUUACAACUUUUAAAAAUCUGCUUGAGAAUCCUUGAAGCUAUCAAAGAUUACUCUUAUUUAAUUAAAUUAUGUACUAUGCUAUUGACUCGUUAUACACAUUGUUUACCUCCUGCUGAUCAAAUCGCUUUAAAAGAAAAAAUUGAUGCAUUGAUUUAUUUAUCAGAUAGAAAUAAUCUCAAUCUUGAAGCUCCUUAUUGGGACCCCUUUUUGAUAAGAAAAGUAAAAUAUGUCUCUAGUAAAUCUAAAGAUUCUCUAAUACCUUUCCCUGAAUAUGAAAGAGAUAAUCAUAAUGUUGGCUUGGUAGAUUCGUCACCCAACAAGGAUUCAAAAUCUUCUACUCCUAAGCCAGAUGAGUCGGCUUUAAUUUUUAAUCCUUACAACAAAGCAAAAUUUCCAACAUUGAAUAAAGAAAGACUUUUAAUCAAAAAUGAAAUUUACCAAUUAAAAGUUGCUUUACAAAAUCCUUUUUCAUUUGAAAUUGAAGUCACCGAUUUCUCAAUAAUGACAGAAGGUAAUGUUAGUGUUCAAACCUUAAAGCAUUUAAUGAGACCUGCAACAGUUGUAGGUUUGAAUGAUCAACAGCUUCCUCCGAUAAAUCAAACAGCUUCUAAAUCAAUAUUGAAUAGCAAACAUACCAUAUCAGCUCCAAAGAGAAAUUCAUCCAAUUAUAAUUUAUCCAAUCAGAAUGAUCACCAUUCAGGUAAUAAUCUCCUUCUACACCCAAAAAGUAUCCAAUAUUUUAUUGUUGCAUUCAAGCCAUUAGAAGCAGGUGCUUUAAGCAUUGUAGGGUUUGAUGUGGCAAUGGGAUCAUGUAAUCCUCAAUUCUUUCAAAUAAUUGAUGAGGAAUUUUUUGAUCAUACUCAAAAAAUCAAGGUCUUAGAGAAACCAAUAGAUCCUUUAGGUCCUUUGGAAAGUGUUAUAACCAAUUUAUCUGGCAAUAAUAUUGAAGGUAGGGCCAGUACAAGGACUUUGCAAUUAAGUGUAGUUCCUCCUCAACCUACCUUAUCCCUCACCAACAUCCUGAUUAAUAAUGGUUGGCUAAUGUUAUUAGAAGGUGAGAAGUAUGAAUUUUCAAUCUGCUUAACAAAUCAUUCUGAUGAGCCAAUAAACUAUUUGUCAUUUUCAUUUUGGGAUUCAACAAUUGAACCUUUAAGUACAAAAUUGAAUUCUAAUACAUUGAGUGGUGGUCCUAUAAUACCUGCUAAUGAGGUAUAUGAGAUUGAGUGGUUAUUGCUUAUGUUUAAACCAUUUAGGAUUUUAAACAAAGAAGAGAUUACAUCUAAAUACAAAAUCAUCCAGCCCCAUUCAGACUUAAAGAUCAAUUAUGAAAUCACUGGUAAAAGAGGAAUGAAAGAACUGAGGAUUCUCUUGGACUAUUCAAAUAAAUUGGCUAAUGAUGUUUCCAAUAGUUUUGUUAAAAACGUCAACGUGCCACUUAAUUUAACUGUCAUGCCAUCUAUUGAACUUAUUGGGUGUGAUAUUUUACCAUUACUAUCAUCAUCUUUGCAAGCACUUGAUAAUGUAAUGCCUAAGAAUUUGACUUCUAACCUUAAACAAAUCUUGGGUUUCAUAUCAAAGAUUAUGGAUUCAAAAACAGAGGAUAUAAGUGAGUAUUGUUUAUUAGUGAUUGAUAUGAGGAACUCGUGGAAUGAAAAAUUAUCAUGUAACUUUACAUAUACCAUGGACUUAAAUUCUGAAUUUAAAGUCGAGGAAAUCAUUGAUCCAAUGAAAACUUCUAGGUUUUUAUUACCAAUUAGACGAAUUUCUAGCAAUGAUAUUGAUUUAUCAAAACCAGUGCCAUCUUUGAGAAAUAAACAAUUUAUAAAGAAUUACUUUAUUACCGAUGAAGAAGAACUGAAAUUAAGAGAAACUUUUUGGCUCAGAUAUUCGUUGUUAGAGAAAUUGAAAGGUGAUUGGGAAACUGUUAACGGCAAUCGCAGAGAUGGUAUAAUUAAUUUAAGAGGGAUCCGAUUGAGUCCUAAGAUGGCAAACGUUUUAGUUUACAGUAAAGUCCAAAUCCAUCAUACUCUUAUUCGAAAUGAAAUUCCUAUUAAAAAGUCUGGACUGCAGUUUUUAUUGGAUAUCGAAGAGUUCUAUACUCUCAAAACAAAAAUUACCAAUAACUCAGAAGACGAAAUUAAUGCAAUUUUGAGACAUAUUCCGUUCCCAUUGGCCACAUCAAUAGCUACAUCAAGCAGCUCUAACACUCAUGUUGUUAAGUCCCAAGUAUCUAUCGACCGUAAAAUUCUUGUGAAUGGAUUACUACAAAAUCAUUUGGGUGAAAGUAUAAAACCACAAGAAUCCAUUGAAAUCGACUUGCCAUUCGUUAUACUAGAAAAGGGACAGUACGAAUGGGGAUCUGUUUUGGAUGUUUUAAACAAGGACAAUAUCAAAGUGGUUGGUCGUGAACCAAUAUAUAUAGCUGCAUCAUAG